UUUUUGCUCGUUGUUAGGAAAAGGGGAAAGAAUACGAACAGUUCAUAGUACUUGCUGGAGCUUGUAAUUACUUGCAUUUUAACCCCAGACUAAGAGUGGACACCAGAGUGCCCUUACGAUGUUUCACACAAAGGGCUCAGUGUCCAAGGCUCUACUCGGAGAACCCAAAAUAGCGUCCAGUGAGCAGUGACAAACCUAGUGUCGUGGCGCUUAAAGCCGGAGCCUGGAGCAAAGUGACUCAGUCAAGUCUGAUGAGAGGCCAGGGAAGCAAAAGAAGAACACUAUUCCUCAUGUGUUUCACGGGAAUUUGGAACUUCCAUUUCUUUGGUGCUGCGGGAAUUUGAAGACAUAGGACAUGAAAAUUACCUAAGAGUUUACAAAGAUUAUAAAGAAUCAUCACAUUUUCGUCGGCAACAUAUUGUGCCUUCCUGAGAGUAUGAGCUGGAGCCAAAGGGGCAGAAUGAAUUGUUCCUUUUUGCUGCCUUUCCUGCUGGGGAUUCCUCUCCUAUGGCCUUACCUUAUGGCCACCGGAAACUGUAAAACUGAGAAAGCUGAGCACCCGGGGGGGUCUCAUUGGAGAGUGAAGCGAGACUGGGUGUGGAACCAGUUUUUUGUGCAAGAGGAGAUGAACAGUACUAAUCGUUCCAUUGGCCAGCUGAAAUAUGGGAUAGACAAUGAAAAGAAUAAUUACCAGUACAAGCUUUUUGGAGAUGGAGCCGGAAGCACUUUUGUCAUUGAUGAGAAAACAGGAGUCCUAUAUGCGGUACAGAAGCUUGAUCGAGAGGAACGGGACCACUACACGCUGAGGGCCCAGGUGAUAGAUGCCACUACCGGAAGGGCUGUGGGAACCCAGUCUGAAUUCUCCGUCAGAGUCACGGACAUCAAUGACAAUGAACCGAAGUUCCUAGAUGGACCAUAUGAGGCCAUUGUACCAGAGAUGUCUCCAGAAGAGACGUCUGUCAUCCAGGUGACAGCAAGUGAUGCUGAUGAUCCCUCCACUGGCUACAAUGCUCAUCUCGUGUACAGCUUGCUGCAAGGCCAACCGUAUUUCUCCAUUGAAGCAAAAACAGGCAUUAUAAGAAUAUCUUCUAAAAUGGACAGAGAACUGCAAGACGAGUACUGGGUAAUUAUUCAAGCCAAAGACAAGAUCGGCCUGCCUGGAGCACUGUCAGGAACAACGAGCGUAUUAAUUAAACUUUCUGAUGUUAAUGACAAUAGGCCCGUGUUUAAAACAAGUUUAUACCGCAUGAAUGUCUCUGAAUUCGCACCCGCUGGUACUUCUGUAGGAAAAAUCAUGGCCUAUGAUAAUGACAUAGGAGAUAAUGCAGAAAUGGAGUACAUCAUUGAAGAUGAUUCACAAACGUUUGAUAUCAUCACUAAUCAUGAGACCCAGGAAGGAAUAGUUGUAUUAAAAAAGAAAGUGGAUUUUGAGCAGCAGAACAACUAUCGCAUUAAAGCAAAAGUUAAAAACCCCCGUGUUGACGAGCAGCUCCUGAAAUACCACGCUGAAACUUCCACCACGAUCAUUAAGGUCCAGGUGGGAGACGAAGAUGAGCCCCCGGUCUUCCACCUCCCGCAUUACGUGUUUGAGAUCUCCGAAGGACGCCCGCGGGGGUCGUGGGUGGGCACCGUCUCUGCCAGAGAUCCAGAUCAGAAGGAAUCUCCUAUCCGGUAUUCUAUGCACAUCACCGGAAGCGGCGAGUUCUGCAUUGAUGACAACGGCACCAUCUUCACAGUCAGCCCCCUCGAUCGGGAGAGGAGUGCGUGGCACAACCUGAGCGUCAGAGCCGGGGAACAGGACAAUGUUGAACAGAUUUCUUCUGUUCCCGUAUAUGUGCAAGUUCUUGAUAUUAAUGAUAAUGCCCCUGAGUUCUCUGACGACUAUAAGACUUACAUGUGUGAAAAUGCCGGCUCUGGCCAGAUAAUCCAGACCAUCAGUGCAGUGGAUAGAGAUAAGUCCAUAGAAGACCACUAUUUUUCCUUUAAUUUAUCUGUGGAGGACACACAGAACUCUAGUUUUACACUCAUAGAUAACCAAGAUAACACAGCUGUAAUUUUGACUAAUAGAACUGGUUUUAGCCUCCAAGAAGAGCCUGUCUUCUACAUAUCCAUCUUAAUUGCCGACAAUGGACUCCCGUCACUUACAAGCACUAACACCCUUACCAUCCACGUCUGUGACUGUGGUGACGAUGGCAGUGUGGAGACCUGCAGUGACAAAGACUUCUCUGCGAGAUUCAAGACAGACAUUGCUAUUGUCGUUGCUAUUCUGAUAUGCAUGGUGAUAAUAUGUGGGCUUAUUCUUUUGACUCUCAGCCUAAAACAGCGAAGAAAACAGACUCUGUUUCCGGAGAAAGGUGAAGAUUUCAGAGAGAAUAUCUUCCGAUACGAUGACGAAGGGGGAGGGGAAGAUGACACGGAGGCCUUUGACAUUGGGGAGCUGAAGAGCAGAGCGAUCCUGAGGGAGCGGAAGACACGCAAGACCCCCGCCGGCGAGCUCGGCAGCCUGUACAGGCAGUCCCUGCAGGUCGGCCCCGAUAACGCCAUCAUUCGGGAAUUCAUUCUGGAAAAGCUCCGAGAGGCGAACACGGACCCCUGCGCCCCUCCUUUUGACUCCCUCCAGACCUAUGCGUUUGAGGGGACAGGGUCCUUAGCGGAGUCCCUGAGCUCUUUAGGAUCAGCAAGCUCUGAUCAGGAUGACAAUUAUGAUUACCUUCACGAACUGGGACCUCGCUUUAAAAGAUUAGCGUGCAUGUUUGGUUCGACUAUGCAGCCAAAUAACUAGGGCUGGGGAGGGGGUGUUGGAAGGCUGGGCGAAAACGGUGAAGGGGUUAGGCAGAAAAAGGAAUCAGACGCAGACAAUACAACGGCGAUUGCCAAAGGGAGGCGAGUGGAAAAAGAUGGAAGAGGACAAAGGGGGGAUACACAGGGACAGAAAAGAGUGACUUUGGGUGGUGAGCGCACCAUGCAGUGUGCAGAUGAUAUAUUAUAGAGCUGUACGCUCGAAACCUGUAUAGUGUUAUUAAUCAAAGUCACCCCAAUAAAUUCAAUUAAAAUAAAAACGUUAAAAAUGCUGGUAUGUUUGCGGGCAAACUGGUAGUGUCUUGGUAAAGAGUUGUAUGCUCCAGUUCUUUGGGGGGAAACCUGAUUUAUAGUGUUUUCUGAUUUCCCUAGGGGAAAUACCCAUGGUUAUUUCAAGCCAGCCAUGUGCUGUCCGGGCACCUCCCUCCCAACGCUGACUUACUCUCCUAACAUUGUUUUCAGCACCACCCAAGUUACCAAUGCUUUUGAAUGUUUAAGGUGGGAAAGGCGAUGAACCUAGAGUAUUUUAAUAGUAUUUCAUUUAUGCAUUUACUAAAUCUUACCAAAUAAGAGUAAAGUGUAUAGGUGGGUUAAAUUCCUGAUGCUAUACAGAGAUUAAAAAAACACCUGGGAGAGCCUGGAUAAUCACAUAAAACUUGAAAAAAAAAACUAUUUGUUUACAUAAACAACAAGUCACUACUAGGAGUCUAUGAUUUAUUCUAAUUUUACAUUUUUAAAUCUCUGUCAGAGCCACAUUUUAAAAUUGAUUUUAAAUUUAGACUGCUAAUUAAUAUAUGUGAAUUAAACAAAGAUGUAGUAUCAAUUUAUAUUAGUUUUGAUAUUAUAGCUUUGUACAAAGAAGGGGCAUACAUAUGUUUAGGAGUUUUUCUCAAAUUGUGUUCAUGUGUAACCAAUACAUCUUUAUCAUGUCAUGACACAAUGACAAAAUAUUUAUUCAUCACUACGUUACACAU